GAAGACAGGAGUCUGUGGAAAAGGCUUCAAAGGCACCAUAACUUACAAAUGUGAAUCACGGGUAUGGAAAUCAGUAAUGGACAACUGUAUAUAUGAUUAUAUCGACAACCUGAAAAACCAACUUGAGUCUUUGCGUGUGGAGGAGAUCCCAGGGUUUAUGGCUAACCUCAGUUCUGUCACAGAACAGAAUGGCAUUGAUAUAAUACAGUCUGCUGCUACCGUCAAAGCAAUUGUCGACAUUCUUUUUAAAAUAGCCAACUUCCCACAAGCUACUUCCUUCAAUAGUACAGUUAUGGGGAGUUUCCUAAACACAGUGGACGUUAUUGUAUCAGUUAAUGUCAGUAAUACAUGGAGCAAACUGAACAAAGGCAACAACACAGGAGACACCAGCAUUAAACUUCUGAGUGCUAUUGAGAAUAUAAGUGACCGUCUCACAGAUGAAUUUGCGUUUAAUAAAACAUCCAUUCAGCUGAAUAGAACUACAUUUAACAACUCAUUCACUUUAACCUCAGCACUGCCAAACUCAACAACAGAGAUUGUAUUACCACUGGUUCCUCAUGAGACUACCAUUACCAUCAUAAUCUUCACAACUCUUGACAAAGUCCUACCUUCUCAAGGUACUAAUGACAGCAGGAAAUCAGAUGUGCGCAUCAAUGGAGAUGUGGUUGUUGUUAAGGUUAAUGAGACUCUCAACAAUAUUUCUUUGACAUUUGACAUUACUGAUCAGUCUUUGGGAAAUCCUCAGUGUGUCUUUUGGAACUUCAAUCUCAACACAUGGGAUUCCACUGGAUGUAAAGUAAAGCGGAACAGCACUGGUAACAUUACAUGUGAAUGUAACCACACAACCUCCUUUUCAAUCCUAAUGUCACCAUUUAACAUUGAUCCCAAUUAUCGCACAGCCUUAGCCUAUAUAACUUACAUUGGCGUAGCUAUUUCGAUGGCCAGCUUGAUUAUUUGUCUGAUUAUUGAGGCUAUUGUAUGGAAGUCAGUAAGAAGAAAUGACACGUCCUACAUGCGGCACGUCUCCAUAGUCAACAUUGCCGUGUCCCUGCUGAUCGCAAACAUCUGUUUUAUCAUUGGAGCUGCGAUCGCAGAACAAGAACAGCCAACCUCAGUGGGUCGCUGCAGUCCAGUGGUUUUCUUCAUGCACUUUUUUUACUUGGCUCUUUUCUUCUGGAUGUUAAUGUCAGCGCUGUUGCUCUUUUAUCGUACAGUUAUGGUCUUGUCUCAAAUGUCAAGGGCCAAAAUGAUGGUCAUUGCCUUCAUGUCCGGUUAUGGUGCACCUUUGCUCAUAGCGGUUAUUACUGUAGCAUCAACAGCUGGACCUCAAAAUUAUAUUUCCAAACAAAAUGCAUGCUGGCUGAACUGGAACGAAUCAAAGGCCCUGCUGGCAUUUGUGAUUCCAGCUCUCACUAUUGUAGCCAUAAACCUUGUGGUUUUGAUUGUGGUUCUGUACAAGAUGUUGAGCAGAGGAGUUGGUGCCGAAACUCAACCUGCUGAGAAACAUGCCCUGGUGGUCAUUGCCAGGUGUGUGGCCAUUUUGACUCCUAUUUUUGGUCUAACAUGGGGAUUUGGCAUUGGAACCAUGGUGUCACAAGAUUUAGGCAUUCAUGUGGUGUUUGCACUCCUCAACUCACUGCAGGGAUUCUUUAUCUUGGUGUUCGGAACGCUUUUAGACAGCAAGGUUCGUGAGUCACUACCAGGAAAACAGUUGCUACAGAAAUUUACUUCCAACAGUACCAAUACCACCAAUGCAGGAACAUCAUCCACAUUUGCCACUGACAUUCCAAGGAAGGGAAGAAGGAGUAAGUAGAUGGGAUACAAUCUAAAUUGUAGUGUUUAUUAACACAUUUUCAAUAAAAUUGGUAAAUUUGCUAAAUUAAUGAAUGUAAAAACAUGAGUAACAUACGUCUAUAACUAUUUGCAGAUGUGUACAAUAUGUCUGAAGCCAACAAUACAGCAGUUACUGACGGCACCAAUGGCUCAAAUACUGUUAAUAACAUGUAAAUACAGUA